AAAAAAUUAAUGCUUCUGCCGCAGCUAAAAACAACAGAAAAGAAACUCCUCUCGAAACUCAACUGUCAAAAGAAAACCGCAGAAAAAAAAAAAGAUUAUUCAGAAAAUUCCUUCCAUCGGCCCAAAGUCAUCCAGGUAAAGCAUCUUCUCAUAGACCCCUACAUCCCCUUCGUGUAAGCAACGAUGAGAACGAUCGUUUCAUCCUUGUUCUGUAGCAAAAGAUCUUGCUUUUGCCUUGAUGCCAAUACGUUGUGCCCGGCAUAUGAGUUCAUCGCGUCAGUGAUGUACUUUGUGCCGCUGAGCUUACACCUUGCUUCAGGAACGCUUGUAUACCAGUUUCUAGUAUCGUCUAUUCACACGUAUUUUGCCUUUCUAGAUAUCCCAUUCAUUUUAUCACGAUCAUGGUAUUUGAAAUGUUUCGUUUCCUCCUUUGACAGGCUCUGCUAUAUUUGUAUAAAAUGUAUACGAAUCGCUGUGAUGCGAAAUGUACUAUAUCAGACAGACAUUCGUAGCUAUGGAAGGAGGUUAUUUAACAAAAGGUAAGCCCCUAUCGAUGCUGAAGCGAAAAUGAUCAGGGCUAGGUUGAAUGUACUACGGAACAUUCUUUUCAACUUUUUGAAAUUUACGUGCUGGCUAUGAAGCAUAAAUAAGUAACAACAGACAAUGCCAUAAACUUGUGCGAAUGGUCAAGCAACUCACUGUUCCGACAUGUUUGACUAUCUGGAAGGCAAGUAACGACUUAUAUCUCGAAUUAAUGCGUGAAUACCUCAUACAGCCUUAGUACAAGCAUCAACGCAAU